AUGGUGUGUCACCGGCCUCAGUGUGGAACAGAUGGUGGAGAAGGGAAAGAUGAUAAAGAUUACGCUUUAAAGCAAAUAGAAGGUACUGGAAUUUCUAUGUCUGCAUGCAGAGAAAUAGCAUUGCUGCGGGAGCUCAAGCAUCCAAAUGUCAUUUCUCUGCAAAAGGUGUUUCUUUCUCAUGCUGACAGGAAAGUGUGGCUUCUCUUUGACUACGCUGAGCAUGACCUCUGGCAUAUAAUCAAGUUUCACAGGGCUUCUAAAGCAAACAAGAAACCAGUUCAGUUACCUCGGGGAAUGGUGAAGUCACUGUUAUAUCAGAUCCUAGAUGGUAUUCACUACCUGCAUGCUAACUGGGUGUUACACAGGGAUUUGAAACCUGCUAAUAUUUUAGUUAUGGGUGAAGGUCCUGAGCGAGGAAGAGUAAAAAUUGCUGACAUGGGCUUUGCCCGAUUAUUUAAUUCACCUCUGAAGCCUUUAGCAGACUUGGAUCCAGUAGUUGUAACGUUCUGGUAUCGAGCUCCAGAGUUGCUUCUUGGAGCAAGGCAUUAUACCAAAGCUAUUGAUAUUUGGGCCAUAGGGUGUAUAUUUGCAGAGCUGCUAACAUCAGAGCCAAUAUUCCAUUGUCGACAAGAAGAUAUCAAAACUAGUAAUCCUUAUCACCAUGACCAGCUGGACAGAAUAUUCAAUGUAAUGGGAUUUCCUGCAG